UAGGUUCGGGUAAUUCCAUUGUGCGGCACAACAACGGUGGCAGGUGAUGUUAGAAUCGGGGUUGAAAACAGUUUGAGGCAAAAGGAGAUGAGUGUAUAGUCGAGGGUUUCCUGGCGUUGAAAGAUGGAGGUGAGAGUUUUGACGAAGGUUCAGGUGAGGGAAGGGAAGAGGUCGAAGCUUCGCCGGAGUUGGCGAGGUCGACGGAAUGAGGCGGCUCCGCCGUGGUUUUGGCAGGACAGAAGAGAGGAAGGUUGAGUCAGUGGUGGUCAGGACUAUGGAAAAGCCGAUUGGCUUGUUUUACUGCUUUAAACUUGGAGAAGUUAGGAGAUGUUGCCAUUAAGCAUGUCACUCCUGGGUCGGUAUUUUAUUAUAUUACUUUUGUAAUUCAACUCUUAUCUCAGUGGUCCUGUACCCAUGUUUCCAGCAAGAACAUUCAAUUUUGUGGGAAACCCUUUGAUGUGCGGAAGCCAUGUCCAUCAAGGUUGAUCUGGAUCAGUCACUCCUGUUCCUCUUUCAUUCUCCCUGAAUCCAUCCUCUGGUAAAAAAUUUCAUCUCUAAAUAUCGAUAUCUUACUCUGAUUUUUCAUGAAUAUCCUAAUUAAUAUAUGUUGUUUACAUUGUUUAGGUAAAAAACAUAUAUUUAUUAUGACUUAUUUAUGUGAUGUCGUCAAUGUUUUGACAGUGUCCUAAUAGUUUCUCUAUAUGUGGGCAUCUAUUACAUACUGACUGCCUCUACUUCUUUAGAAAUUCCCAUACAUAUAAUCAAAUAAUUAAUUCAAACACUUAUACAUGAAAUUGAGCUUUCAAUUCCCAUUAACAGAAUUCGUUAUAACCAUGAACGAAAUACAAAUAGCUUGGAAUAAUUGUCCACAGUUUGCACAUGCAGUGUCAAGCAGGAUAGUAAUGUCUUUGAAUUUCAGGCUACACAAAGAGAAAAGGAGGUACAGGGAUUGAAAAUGAGAUUAAGGUUCCGAGAAUCUAGAAUAGACUGGAAGACCUUGCUUCUGGUAAGAUAUUAGCCGAGACACACUUGCUGAAAGAAAAGGAAGAAUACCUACAUGAAAUUUGCACCAGAAAGAGGAGAUUAGAAAGUAUGUUAACAUAAUUAUAGUGAAAAUAUUUGGUCUCUAAACUGAUAUAUUGACCAGAGCACUAAUAUUAUCUCUGCCAUAUUUUUUACAACCAUUCUUUUAUCAAGUUACUGAACUGGUUCCUAAAUUCCAAUAAUGUAUUGGAUUUUAGAACUAAAAAUAGUUCUUUGGAUUGCUGAUGUUUGAAAAUACAGAUUAAAAUUAAUCUCCGAGGAAGGUGAAUGGGAAAGGAUGUAUGAACAUUGAACAGGUUAUGAUUUUACAGAAUUAGGCACACCUGUUGGCUGCAUCUUUUUCUCGUGUCUAAUCUUCUUGUCCAGAUAAUUAUGUUUAUAUUUCCACAUAAUAUGCAGUUACUCGAAGCCCUUGACUGGAAACUUAUGCACGAAUCUGAUCUAUUGACUAUUCAGAGAACUAUAUCUGAGAUGGUUAUUGAUGCUUCAAAUGAUAUUAACUUGUUGCCUUACCCCAAGUUUAAAGCAGCAACAAAGUGGUUAAAUAUUUUAGUCGAUGCAGAUGCAGGAUUAGCUGAUUGUCUAAGUCCUGAUGCUAUUGAGUGCCUUCUUAAUUUUCUCGAGGAGAUUGAUAACAGGAAAGACCUUGACAUCGCCAUCCAGGUUUUGGUUAGAGAGGAAGAUGUGGAUGCUCCUAGUUUGUGGUCAUGCGUGGACGCGGGAGAAAGUUGAUAGGGCAUUCAAAUAUAAAAAUAUGGCUAUUAACUAUUAAGUUUACAUUAUAGAUUGCUUCGUAGAGGCAUAUUUUUUAAUGUAAUAAACAAUUAUGUAAAUCUUUUUUAUUAUUAAGAUCUGAUGGUUUAUUUUUUUAA